AUGGCGACGCUCAAAGAAGACCAAGACAACUUGAACGUGGAGCAGGACGUGGAGCAGGACGUGGAGCAGAACCUGAAGCAGAACCUGAAGCAGGACGUGGAGCAGGACAUGGAAGCGCCCAAACAUAUACCGCCCCCAAACAUGGCUGGCUGGAAACCAUGCACACAAGAACUGAUGAUCAUGUUGACUCUGGCCAUCAUCUCGUUGAUGGUCUCACUGGACGCGACGGUCAUCAUCACCUCUCUUUCGACAAUUGUCCAAGCCUUGAACGCCACGGCAACACAAGGAUUCUGGAUCGGAACCUCAUACCUCCUCACAUGUGCGGUGACGAUGCCGUUCAUUGCCUCUCUCAGCGAUAUGCUGGGUCGGCCACCAUGUCUCUUUGCUUCGUUAGUGGCCUUCACCACCGGCACCGUUCUCUGCGCCACCGCCCACAGCAUCGCUCUCUUGCUGGUCGGUCGCUGCAUCCAAGGCGUGGGAGGGGGCGGCAUCAUCAUUCUCUCGCUCGUCAUCUUCUCCGACAUUGUUCCGCUGAGGUUCCGGCCGCGAUAUGUUGGUAUCAUUCAAGGGGCUUGGGCCUUGGGCACAUGUGUCGGACCGAUCGUGGGCGGAGGGCUGGCCACGCCCACACUCUGGCGAUGGGUCUUUUACAUCAUGUUCCCGUUGGCGGGCAUUGGCCUGGUAUGCGUGCCGCUGUUCGUCCGGUUGAAGCCCAGCUCCUCCUGGACCGACAUGGUCACCCGCGUCGACUGGCUGGGUGGAAUCCUGUUCAUUUGUUCCGCCACAGCCGUCCUCAUUGCCGUGUCGUGGGGUGGCACGCAGGAACCCUGGGGCAGUUGGCGCACCGUCGUCCCCUUGGCCGUCGGGGCUGUUGGACUCGUGGCCACUUCGCUGUGGGAAUGCUUUGGAGCCAGCCAUCCAUUCCUUCGACAUUCGCUAUUCAACCACCGCUCGGCCGUGGCCGUCUACAUGGGCGCCUUUGCCCAAGGUCUGCUGCUCUACGGACAGCUAUACUACAUCCCGUUCUUCUUCGAAUCGGCCAAACUCAGCUCGCCCCUUCGAACUGGAGUAUGCCUACUUCCGGUCAUGUUGACCCUGAUCCCGGCCUCGGUGCUGGUCGGCUCGGUCAUCACCCGCACGGCACGGUACCGCUGGGCCAUCUGGGCCGGCUGGACGCUGACCACGCUGGCCACGGGGCCGACCAUCCUGUGGGACGUCGACACCAGCCCUGCGGUGUGGGUGGUCAUCCUGGUGAUGCUGGGCCUCGGCCACGGCCUACUGCUGAACGCGCUCAACACGGCGUCGCAGGCCGUCUCGGUCGCGGGCCACGAAGGCGCCGCCGUCGCUAUGUACGCCUUCCUGCGCAGUUUCGGCAUGGCCGUCGGCGUCGGCAUCGGCGGCUCUGUCUUCCAGAACGUCAUGAAGCGGCGUCUGGUCGCCCUGCAUCUCGACCCGGACAUUGCCCGGAACGCUGAGGCCUAUAUCGCCGUACUGCACGACACGCAUCCCUCGCCGCACCGAUCCGCCAUAUUGAACGCUUACGUCCACGGCUUCCGCGGCGUCUUCGCCGUCUUUUGCGCCCUGGCCGCCCUGGCCUUGUUGGUCGGUCUGUUCAUCCGCCAUCACGAUAUCAAUAAGGAUCUGCUUACCGAGCACAAGUUGGCCGACGGGGUGGUGGGCUGGCGUCGGAGGGAGAAUAGAAGUCGGAGUCGGAGUCGGAGUCGGAGUCACAAUCGGGGUGAAAGUCAGGGCCAAAGUCGAAGUCAAAGUCGGAGUGAGAGUCGCAAUCGGAGUCACAACCGGCGUGAGAGUCAGGGCCAAAGUCAAACUCAAAGUCAGAAUGAUGCAAAAAAUUAA